AAGAAAAACUACAUCUGCAGCCCAAGGAUGAAGCAGUGAGUGGGAAGAACAACUUAACUGGGAUCAACAAGUGGGAAUUUCUGCACUUCUCUGCCCAGCCCUGCAAGCUUUUCAGAAACUUGCUGCUGGAAAAAGGAAAACUUUAUUCCUGCUGUUUCCUUUGGACUGCUGCUGCGUUUCACAAGGGAUUUUUUUAGGAGGAAUUGGAGAUGCUCCCCAAGCUCAGCACAACCCUGGCUCUCUGUGUCCUUCAGGGGCUGCUCCUGAUGCACGGUCUAGCUGAAGAUGAAUUCUUUGAGAAACCAACACUAAGCAUCACAAAAAACCACAUUGUCCUCUUACCAGGAGACACCCUCAAAAUAAAAUGCAGAGGAGCAUCAUCUGUGAGCUGGCUUCUGAGGGGGGACCAGAAGGAAGACCCUCGGGUGGACGUCAGCAAUUGUGGCAAUAACACAAGGCAGAACUGCAGCAUGCUUGUCGUCAGGAAGCUCAUAGCUAACGACACUGGUUACUUCACCUGCAGCCACCACAGUGCCCCAGCCAACGAGGAUCUCAUGGCCAAGAUAUAUGUGUUUGUUAAAGACUACAGAAACCCAUUUGUGGAGAUUCACCCGGAACACCCGGAAAUAAUCUACAUUUUAGAUGCUAAGAAAACAGUUGUUGUCCCUUGCCGAGUCACCUCACCAGAUAUCAGACCUAAGCUUACCCAGUACCCUUAUUCAGUAGAGAUGAACUUCAGGAAGAUGGUGUGGGACCCGAGAAGAGGAUUUGUCAUCCCCUCUCAUUCCUUCAUUUACUCUGGAGUACUCACAUGCACUGCCACCGUCAAUGGAACUGUGUUCACCUCCUAUUACCUAGCACAGAGACUGGAGGGCAGAGUACAGAACCUGGCUCUGAAAGCAACUCCCAAAAAACUGCUGGUGGGAGAAACUCUCUACCUGGAAUGCAGAGCAGAAACCUUCAUCAAUGGGCGCAUUGAGCUUAUCUGGACAAGUCCCAGCGGGAGGCACCCAUAUCCUAGAAGAUCAAUAGACCAGAGUGGCAUGGUGUACAAGGUUGGCAGCAGCCUGACAAUUGAAAAUGUCACCAUGCAAGAUGGGGGCCUCUACAUAUGCAAAACGUUCAACGUAACCAGGUUGGAGGCCAACGUGACAGUGACAGUGUAUGACAAACCUUUCCUUACAGUUUCACACAAGAAGGGGCCUUACUACGAGAUUACAUCAGGACACAAGUCACUGAAACUAGCUGCAAAGGUGGAUGCCUUUCCUCGUCCAAGUGUCACCUGGUACAAAGAUGGCAAACUGAUCAUGGACAACCACACCUGCUAUGAGCCUGAUCCAAUGAAGUACAGACUGGGCAUAAGAGAUGUGAGACCAAAGCAUGCUGGAAACUACACCAUUGUCUUGAGCAAUGCAAAAUAUGGCCUCUAUAAGAACCUCACCAUGCAGCUGGUAGUGACAGAGAGACCCAAAAUCUAUGAAAAGGAAACUGAUUUUGAUAAGAUUGAGCGGGUGGAAUUAAGAAGCAAACACAAGAUCCAGUGCACCGUGAGUGGGAAUCCUGACCCCAAGAUCGAGUGGAAGUGGCAGCCCUGCAGCCUCACAGACACACUAUGCAAACCUGAAGGGCAAAAAAUUGUGGUUCAGGAGAACAUGUUCAUAGGAAACAAGAUCAGAAGCAUUGAAAACAUAACUGUGAAGCAUGGAGAUAAAAGAAAGAUUGUGAGCACACUAACCAUGGAAAACAGCAGCACAUCAGGAAUCUAUUACUGUGUGGCUUCAAACAAGAUCGGUGAAGAAGAGAGGAGCAUUGAGUUCUAUGUCUCAGAUGUGCCGUUCGGGUUGCAAACGGACCCGCAAGUCACAACCAUUGUGGGGAACGACGUUCAGCUGACCUGCAGGGCCUCCAAGUACAUCUACAGCCACCUGGUCUGGUACUACCCCUCCUCAGAGAUGGCCCCCAGCGACUCCGUGGUCAAAAAAACUGACAACUAUUCCAUUUCUUUGACGCUGGUCAUGACUAACGUCACCAAGGAACAGAGUGGCAUCUACAGGUGUGGAGCUCAGAACCAGCACAACAGCACCGACACACUCGAACAGACCACCCACCUCCACAUCAGAGCAAAGGCAGCGCCAUAUGUGAUACAAAACCUCACGGAUCUGGAGGUUAACAUCAGUGGCAAGAUCAUGCUCGAGUGCAAAGUCAGUGGAACACCAGACCCUCAGAUCACAUGGAAGAAGAAUGGCUACCCCAUUUCUGCAGCAUCAGGAAUUUCCAUGGAAAACAACACCCUGGUCAUCGAGCGAGUGAAAAAGGAUGAUGAAGGGCUCUAUGAAUGCAAGGCAUCCAAUGACAUGGGCCAAGACAGUACAUCAGCCUUCAUCAAAAUCCAAGGUUCAGAGGAGAAAUCCAACAUUGAAGUUAUCAUUCUGGUCUGCACUGGCCUAGCUGCUACCCUCUUCUGGCUUCUUCUGACUCUCUUCAUUCGGAAACUGAGAAAACCUGAUGCCACAGAUAUUAAAACAGGAUACCUGUCAAUUAUCAUGGAUCCAGAGGAGAUGCCUCUUGACGAGCAGUGUGACCGACUGCCCUACGACAGCAGCAAGUGGGAGUUCCCAAGAGACAGGCUGCGGCUGGGUAAAACACUGGGUCAUGGUGCUUUUGGGAAGGUGGUGGAGGCGUCUGCUUUUGGCAUUGAUAAAUCUUCAACCUGCAAAACAGUUGCCGUAAAAAUGCUUAAAGAAUGCGCAACUACUAACGAAUGCAAGGCUUUGAUGUCCGAACUCAAGAUCCUCAUCCACAUAGGACAUCAUCUGAACGUAGUUAACCUGCUGGGAGCCUGCACCAAAGCUGGAGGUCCUUUAAUGGUCAUAGUGGAAUACUGCAAAUAUGGCAACCUGUCCAACUACCUAAGAGGAAAGCGAGGAGAUUUCAUCGCCUACAAGUCCCAGGAAAACUCAGACCAAGCAGAGAAAAGCCUGGAUGAGUCCAACAGUGAUUUGACCGAACUGAUCAAGAGGCGCCUUGAGAGCGUGGCCAGCACAGGAAGUUCUGCCAGCUCUGGAUUUAUAGAAGACAAGAGUUACAGUGAUUCAGAAGAUGAUGAAGAAGAUGCUGAGGAUCUCUACAAGAGGCCCCUGACUUUGGAGGAUCUGAUUUGCUACAGCUUCCAAGUGGCAAAAGGCAUGGAGUUUCUCGCCUCCCGAAAAUGCAUCCACCGGGAUUUGGCAGCAAGGAACAUCCUUCUUUCAGAGAACAACGUGGUUAAGAUCUGUGACUUUGGGCUAGCCAGAGAUAUUUAUAAAGACCCCGACUACGUACGGAAAGGAGAUGCAAGGCUCCCACUCAAAUGGAUGGCUCCAGAAGCUAUUUUUGACAAGAUUUACACAACACAGAGUGACGUGUGGUCUUUUGGAGUGCUGCUCUGGGAAAUAUUUUCUCUAGGUGCCUCACCAUACCCUGGAGUGCAGAUAGAUGAGGACUUUUGCCGACGGCUCAAGGAAGGAACUCGGAUGAGAUCUCCAGAGUACUCUACUCCAGAAGUCUACCAGACAAUGCUGGAUUGUUGGCAUGGAGUACCCACAGAGAGACCCACUUUCACAGAGCUCGUGGAGCGCUUAGGAGACCUCCUUCAAGCCAACGUACAGCAGGAUGGGAAAGACUACAUUCCACUGAACAUCACCUUGUGUCCUGAUGGAGAAUCAAACUCUAAAACCUGUCCUGCAGAAGAAAACCUGAACAACUGUGUUAAUCGUUGGAGUGCACUGGAAAGCGGUAGCAACAGCAAGAAGCGACCACUGAGUGUGAAGACAUUUGAUGAGGUGCCAGUGGAAAAGCAGAAAGUGGUGCGUGAGGAGUCAGACAGUGGGAUGGUGCUGACCUCAGAGGAGAUAAAGAGCCCAAAGAGGCUGGAAAUCCGCUCCUGGCCUUACGGAAUCAUGGCUCUGGCGCGGAGAGCUGUGAGCAAGAGCAAAGAAUCCAUAUUGUCUGACCACGAGGCUGUCAAAUACCAGCCAGCAGUGCAGGUAGAAGAGGACAACAUGGACUUGACACUGGAAGACUCUGUUCUCCUUCCAAUGGAUCCAAACCUGGAAUGCCACAGCCCACCUCCAGAUUACAACUCUGUUGUUCACUACUCAGCCCCUCCAGUGUAAUCAGCCCAGCCUGACACUGGGCAUCUUGCUCUUCUCAAUCACACUAGAUUGACAUGCCUCCAUGCCUGGAUAAAGAGGCUAGGUGACAACAGAAGGGAAAUCUGACAGGAUGAUGGCUCAUGUGUUUCUUCUGACACAUCUCUGAUGUGGAGAAACAUUUUAAGAGCAUCUUCUUUGCUGUCUCUAAAUGCCUAUUGCAGAACUCAAGUUCUGGCUGUCAGAACCAUCAGUAGGAGCAGUAACCCUGAAUUGCUUCCACUUCUUCCUCCCCUGGCUGGGACUGUUCAUUGACACAUGCAGAUUUACAAGUUCCUUCAUGCACCUUUUGCUCCAUAAGAGUCACUGAGAGCCAUGUCAAGCUAGCUGUGAAAGCAGGAUUUAUUCCACUGGCCCUGCACACAUCCUGCAGGAAUCAUUCAGCAGGAUGCUGUAAGAGAUCAGCUGAAAACACCACCAAUGCUUUGAGUUUGGAAAUAUCCCAAACUGAAACAACAUCCCUUACAAAGAUUUCUGAAAUCCAGGAUAUUUUACUUGCAAUUUAUGAUUGAAUCAUUUCCACUGCCCACAAGAUGCCCUCCUAAAAAUUGAUAUGGCAGAGGGAAGGCAGAUAGCACUCCUGUAUCAUGAGGCAGGCUCACCUUUCAGGCCACCAGGGCAGUUUAUGUGAUUAAAUCUGUUUCUGUGUGUUUUCUGCUCAUUCAAACAGCAAUUUAUUUAGCACACAUGCAAUAGGGAACCUUGAUGGAGAUGCAUCUAUAAUGAUUGCAAGGUGAAAAGAAACAAACAAAAUCACUGCCUGAAAAAACAACUUUCUUAGGUUUAAAUGGGCAGAAUUUGCCACUGCAUGGGUGUGUAGGAUACUCAUUAUCAACACAGGAGUUACACCUAAAUAUAUGUGUAUCAGCUAGGUAGCAGCAUUUUAGUUUCAUUUCUGCGCACAAGCUACUUACUAAAAAGAAACCAACAACAAAAAAGCAUUUCCUUGAGAUUCUGUGGUGGCUGACAGUUGGAUCCUGGGAAUAGCAGCCCAUGCUAAACUCACAUGUGUGAUGCAUUUAUCUAACUGUCUGGCCAAGGUGAAAAUUGGUGUGACAGGCAGUGUCCUCUGCGACUAAACCCUUCAUGGGUUCACGAUUACCCAAAGUUUUUUUUGCAGCCUCCUCAUGAAAGGCUCCUAGAUUCUCCCAUUUGAGAAAUUAAAGUAUGUUGCCCCCCACCCAAAAGCUGGCAGGGACUGUAGGUCUGCAAGUACACCUACCCAGGUCCUGUGCAUAUCACAUAUAUACUCAGCAACAUCAAAAAUGGGCAAACAAUCCUUGUCAUUUAAUGUGCUGCAUAACAAUCAGAGCUGACUUCAGAAACGUAGGAAGGGAAGAAGCAUCUAGGUUGCGAGUAGAAAAAGCCAGGAUGAGAAAGAUGUUUGUUGACAGUCAAGGCUAUAAACUCCUAUUAGAAACCCAAGUCUGUAAAUGACUUUGCCCAACACAACACUUUCCUUUUCUUAGACUUGACACUGAUUAGAUUACUUCAGUUAAAAAAAAAAAAAGGUUUUUCUUCACGAUUAUACAUUAAAAGAAAACAAAAACCUCCUCCAACACUUGCAAAACAAUUCUGUUACCGUGGUGAAGACAACCUCAACACCCUCGCAGCAGCAGAGAAAACAUUUCUGGAUGAUGGGUUGCAGUCGGUUACAGUGAAGUAAACACAAACAAGCCUCAGGUAUCAUCACAGGGGGAGCAAAACCUCCAAACCCCACAGCAUGUUAACUGUGAAUGCUACAGCGUCUGAAGGACAGGCUCUUAGGAACUGCACUUCUCCUUGACUUCAGCUUCAACGUAUUAAGGAAAUCACCUGCAGUAACUUACAAGCGCCUUGCUCACAGGGGAUCUGCUGUGGUCUGUAGUUGCUUUAUGGUCAUUUUUGCACGUCUUUGUAUUUUAGUAGCUCUUAUGUAAGAACUGGUCACAUAACAGAAGAAAUUACUGGGAAAGAAUUCAUCUGGUGAGCCUCAGAAAGCUCGCUGGAUCAGUUUUUCCAUCACACAGUAAAUUAUCUCUCUGCAGCUCUGAUCAAAUCCACCAUUUUUUGGGAGUAAUUUAUUCACGUGGAAAAGAGAAAAGGUGCAGAGGUUUUGUCUGGUUCUGCUGUUGAUAGCAUCAGUGUGAGUGGUUUGUUACUGUGCCUUGUUCUGGAGGGUAAGCAAGUGAUAGUGUUUCAAAGUCUUUGCUGAAGAACUUUAAAGUAGAGACAGAGAUAAAAGCCUGCUUGAAUGCGCUGUGUUUUGAGAAAGAAUGGGAAACGCUGCUGAGUGAACUGCCUGCUUCUGGAAGAACUGAGUGGAUCAACUUUUCACUUCAAAAAUGAGCUGUGGAGGCUUCUCUCAUUCCAGAAGAACCUGAAGCAUGUUUCCUGAGUGGGACCCAAACAGAUGCAGGUCUCUUUAUGGGAAUAGCUUUUUUCAGGUGAUGUGAAAACAGGCUCAAGUGCUCCAGACAUGUUUUGUAACCCUGGUGGCACUGACAGCUCCUUAAAAACCGAAGGCUCCUCUGCAGUGGUGAAAGCAGUAGCCACUUGGAGCAGAAGGGAUGGUCACUUCCUCAAAGAGCUGAGGCCCUCUACCCCUAUGCUAACCACCUUCAAGUGUCCUGGAAACUGCAAGUGACUGAUGUUUGGGCAGCUGUUUCCAAUGUUUGCUUUGAGUGGAAGAUUUAUUUUAUUUUUCCUCCUUAUAGUAAAUGUAACAAGCAAAAGUAUUACCUGAAAAGUAUUAUUGAACAUAAGUCUCCUAUUGCAUUUACUAAUAUUUUGUUUGUCCUUUGCUCUCCUCCCUUAAUUUAAUUAUUGUGCUUUUUCUUACAGUGAUGUAUAUAGUUUACUCAGUAGAAACAAAUAGAGUGAUUCAUUUAUUUGGUAAAAUGUGCAACAUCUUAGUCCAAAGGAGAGAGAUAACCAGACAUAACAGAGUUACAUAUCCUUACUAAACAGUUCACUAAUGCUUGCAGGCCAGGCUCCAGUUUACAGUAUCCUACUAGUGCCAUUUCAUAGCAGUUCUCCUCUUGGCUCUCACUUCUCCAUGUUUAGUUCUGGUUAGGAAACAGGGAUCUGGCAGAAUCUGGCAGGUUUGUCUCAUUCCUUCAAGUGUUACCAUGCAGAUCAUGGUAAGUGAGGAAUUUUCACUGCCUGCUUCAAUCAAAGGCUGGUCCAUCAGCCAGAGGAUCAGAAAGGGCCAAAUUGUUUAACUGAUGUGCUGAUGGCCAUUUUUUCAGACUUCUCAGGGAUUCUCAUUCCACUCCUGGCAGCCACCUGCUUUAUCUAACCUGAGUUCAAUGACACCUGGGAUUAACACCUACCUUUCUUUUCUUUAAAUGGUGCUUACUCCUACUUGUUUUGCCCUCUUGCAACCACAAAGUAGGGCAAAGGAACUCAGAGCUCAACAUAGAGAUAUAUUGUCUUCUCCAACAAUCACCUGACACAUAGGUGACCAAGGAUAAGUGCCUUCACCUGCAUGUUUUUGUUCAGGCUGGUGUUUUAACAGUCUGCUUUCCCCUCUUCUCCUCUUUACCUUUCAUCUGCUUGUUUUUUUCAGGGACCUGUUGAAACUCUUUUCUCUACCUUUUGAAUAAGAUCAAGUAGAGGACUCAUUUCACUUCGCUAUUCCCUGCUCUCACAGAGGCUGAACACGACAACAUAAAGCAAGCUUUUGUCACAUGAAAACGCUUUUUAACACAGGCAGGGAAAAUUAGUUUAUAUUGCUUUGUUUGGAAGCCUUUCUGUAUCUUCCCUUAAAAGAGAGAAGCUUUUUAAUCUAUUUGUUUUCAAUAAUGGUGUCUGGAAAAAAACAAAGCUUUGGUGACCAUCUACUUGAAUCUUAUCUUUCUCUAAGUAUCACCCAAACAAUAAGUUUGCUCCUAAGUUUGUCCAAGUUAUCCUCACGGGAAGAAGGUCAUAACCCAAACAUUGGGCCCACAUCAUUUACUCAGGAUAUCAAGGUCAAAUAAAAACCUAAAGCCUGAGUAAUAGUCUCACAUGAAACCACUGAAUGUUGAAGACAUACAUUUAGGGUUGCCUGCAGACACAAAGUGCUCUGCUUAAGCCAUCCCACCAGCGCAAACACUUCUCUCCAGCUCGCCUGCUUGGCAAACACUUAGAUAACCUAGUUAGAGCCCAGCCUGGUUGGACAAUCACAGAUAACCUAGGACAUCAGGCACUUCUCUUAGUCUUUAUGCUCUUGUACACUGUAGGAAUGUUUGUUACUAUGUAAGCCUGUAACCAGCCAGUCAACAGUUUGACUUCCCUGUGAUCCGUCAGGCUGAGUGUUGGCACUGCCCUGUCACAUCCUCUCUUGCUUUACAAGUUUGAUCUGUCCCUGUUGCAGCUGGAAGCAUGUAGGCUCAGAUCAGUGGACUCUGGCUCCCACCAGCACCAACUGCACAACACUCAAAAGCCAUAGAAUGGUUUUGCUUGCAAAAGACCUUUAAGAUAGAGUCCAACCAUUAACUAAUGCUACUAAGUCUGGUGCUAAACCACAUCACUCAGCACCACAUCUCUGCAUGCACAUCUCCUAAUGACUAUCCCUAACAUACCAGAUUCCACAACAAUUUCCUUCACAAUUCCACCUACACCUCUAAAUCUAAACAGGAUGGAGCAAAAUCUCACAACUUAGAAACACCAAAAAUGUUAGCACACAGUUGCUAGUUUUGAAUGGUUGGAUCCUCCUUAAUGGGACAAAUACUCUUUUGUUAAUGGCUUUCUCAACUGGUUCCUGAUGUGUUGUGUUUGCCUGUUUUUUUGCCCCCAAACCAAAUAGAUUCAAUUCUAAUUUACUAACUGCUUACUAAAGCAUUGUAAACUUUCAAGUAAUAGACUUGUAGACUGGUUUGUGUUAGAAGGGACUGCUAGAAGUCAUCUAGUCCAAGGUUAAAGGACCAUUGGACUUUUCUAAACACAGGAUUUAGCCAGGAUCAAGACCAUAUUUGGAAACUAGCCUGUAAGUUUAUCACAAAUUGAAUGAUAAAUACAACAGGCAGAAAGAAUUCUUUUGUCCCUCCCUACAGAUAGCAAUGGCCAAACCUCAAGGUUAAUCUUCCUGAUUUUAUACUAUGUCACAAAAACCCAGAAAGACUUUGGAGAAAGUAAUGACACCAGCACCACCUUAGGCAAGCAACAUUCAGGGAGGACUUCUGGAUUUAACCCUCUCGAGAGUCCAUCACUGUAUAAGACGUAAGUGCUGAGCCCAAGCACUGGCUUGUUUGGUUGAUGUGUGUUGGUUUUAUAUCAGCAUAGAAAGUGUGCUGGACUGGGACAUUUGGACCCCAAGUCUGGGCUGUAGUUCCAGAGAGACCACUGUGGUGUGCACUGAGCAAUGUCCCCUUGCUUCACCUCAUAAUCCUGUGCCACAAGAGCCAGCACCUCCUCACUAAUCAACUUUUUUCCUUAGACCUUGAGUUGUCAAAGCAGCUACUAGAAAGUGGGAAAACCCCAGUAGCUUGGGACUUAAACACUAAAGAAACAUUUGUCUGCCAUGUUCCUGCCUGAAGAAUGUAUGCACUGAAAUCAAUGCUUUCUUAUGUAGUCAAAAAUUGUACUGUAUCUAUUAACCAAAAAUAAAGAAAUAAACAGAUUCUAUAUUUAUACA